UACGAGGGGAGGCUGCAUCAUGGCGGACAGAGACAGUGAAAGUGAGCACGGUGGAUUCGCCACAGGCCCCGGCGCCGGGCCGAUGCAACCGGGCGCCGCAUCGCGACUCCAGCACGACACGGAGGAGCUCGCCUCGAAGCGGGUGGACAUCCAGAACAAACGCUUCUAUCUGGACGUGAAGCAGAACGCCAAAGGCCGCUUUCUGAAGAUUGCGGAGGUCGGGGCCGGAGGAAACAAGAGCCGCCUGACUCUUUCCAUGUCCGUCGCCGUGGAGUUCCGCGACUACCUGGGAGACUUCAUCGAGCACUACGCCCAGCUGGGCCCCAGCAACCCCGAGAUUGUGCAGGACGAGCCCAGGAGGGCGCUUAAGAGCGAGUUCCUGGUGCGGGAGAACAGAAAGUACUACAUGGAUCUGAAGGAGAACCAGAGGGGGCGGUUUCUCCGGAUCCGGCAGACCGUCAAUCGCGGGCCUGGCCUGGGAACCUCGCAAGGCCAGACCAUUGCUCUUCCGGCCCAGGGACUCAUCGAGUUCCGCGACGCGCUGGCCAAACUCAUCGAUGACUUCGGCGUGGACGAGGACCCGGCGGAACUGCCCGAAGGCACGUCGUUGACAGUCGACAACAAGCGCUUCUUCUUCGACGUAGGCUCCAACAAGUACGGCGUCUUUAUGCGGGUAAGCGAGGUGAAGCCCACCUACCGCAACUCCAUCACCGUACCCUGCAAAGUGUGGUCCAAAUUCGGCACGACCUUCUGCAAGUACGCGGACGAGAUGAAGAAGAUCCAGGAGCGGAGCCGGGAGCGGAGGGCGCGCGAGAUGCUACCGGAGGGCCUGCAAGAGGACGAGGGGGACGAGGACUAAUAUAUGGGCUCAGAACGAAUGACAUGAUAAUCAGACGUUACUGUAAUAUGGGAUCGCUCGACACACACACACAGACACACAACAACCCUCAGACUCGAACAGUUGCAUCUCUUCACUCAUCGCCGGAAGUUACCCACUUACCCACCAUUUAACAGUAAGACGCUGCUAUCGACAACAUGUGUGUGAACCGUGUCCAGGAUGGUGCUGGAGUGUGUGUAUAUCCCGCUUUACCCACGUGUGUGACACAUCCAAGCUCUAAUGCACUGCGAAAUCCUCUUGUUUUCCAGUACUAUAUAUAUGUUUUAAGUAAAACCCAGCCAGCAGUGUGCACAAUUUUAUUCAAACCACUCAUAACACACAGCAAAGAAUGUCAAUACUGGAAAGUAAAGGACAUACAUAGCCAAUGGUAAAAUUACCCUUUCAAAAAAAAAAAUUGUCCUGUGUGAAAUUUGACACAUGAGUGGGGGCAGUUGCUUUCUAAGUUGAGAACUGACACCUGUCAAUUGUGUUGUCAAUUUGAUAGAUGCGUCUCUUUCAUGUGUAAAACCUGAUGACAUGACGUGGAAAAUGCUGCUGAUAUUCAGCAUGCACGCUGGGGGUUUUAAGGAGAGCUGCAAAGCAAGAGCUGCUUAUUAGAGCAACUGACCCCUCUCUAACUUGACUUGUACAUUUCUGCUUGUCAAGUAAAUUUGUUUUAAGGCUGAUUUUACUGGAAAACAAGAUGGAUUUUUAUUUUAUUUUUUCUGCAGUGUAACUAUUUCCAAUGGUGCAAAUUGACAAAGAGGAAGAAAUAUAUGAAUUAUUAGUGCUUACUUUUUGACUUCCAGCACAAAAGCUAUUCUUUAGGAACCAUUUUGAACCAAAAGUUCAACAUGCAAACGAACAUCAGAAGUGAAGGUGCAAAGAUUAGGGAGUGCUGUGUGUAUUUCUACACGCGCUCUGUUGGAAUAUUCAAAAUACGUAAUGGACGUCACACCUUCUGGUUUCGACUUAAAAGGUGCACUCCAUCAUGAUUGCAUCAUGGGUACCACCAUGAUGAGAUCACAUGACCAACCAAAUUAUCUACAGAAACUCAACUUUCAUUUGCAGAAUAAUAUAAAACAAAAUAUGAAUGAGUGCACCUUCAAACGCAUAUGAGAAAAUCUAGUCGUUGUUUACUCAUUUGCCUUUUAACUCUAUACACGAAGCAAAUGAGAUUGUUUGUUUGCAUGCGUCAUGCAAUGUGUUCUUCGGUAGCCGCACAGCGAAGGCAUUGCUAAAACGACCGGUUGGCGUUUGUUCCUGUUAAAAACGAACCCUGUUGCACCAUGCCCACUGACAUUUGGGCAGACGGUUUCAUUGAAGUGCUAACUUAGAUAUACAAACUAUGAUUUUGUGAAUCAGAUGUACUUAGAUCCUUAUGAAAUUGCCCACGUUUUCUGUGGGAAUUUUUCUUUGUUUUGUUUUGUGGGAUGGGGGUGGGGUGGGAUGGGUACUCAAACAGAAGUUGUCCACUAGUGUGACUUGCGAUAAUACCUGCGCGGAGCAUCCUCUACAACGUCAAAAAAACAACUCUGGUGCCUUAUAUUCUCCACACGUUUACAUGCUUUACGUGUCUGAUUUUCUUUCUGAUCGCUGUUUGUCUUUCUUUGUCGUUCGGGGUCACAACAGCAUUGUUGCUGUACCACUCGUGGUGCUUCUUCGAUGACUUCUUCGACAAGCCAAUCAAAGAAAGAGGCUCACGGGGCUCUCGGCCCUCCACGUCGCCGGGAAAAGAACGAUGAUGUCAUAAUCAAACAGCGCCGACGUAAACAUGGACGUGCUACGUUCACGUCGUCUCGUAGUUACUUCAAUUCUGCGAGUCGUUUUCAGCGGCAGCAGCACUCGAUGCCAAAAUUGAUCCAUGAGCGGUUUUGUCGUUGAUGGUCAAAUUUCCAAAUUACGACAAAGACGCGAACUGGAUUUGUCAGAAUGCGUCGUAAUUCCGACACGAUGUGAAUCUAGCAGUAGUCACCUAAAGGCGGUGGGGGUCUGCUCCUUGUAAAAGAAAAAAAAAAAGCGUACUAAGGUGGUAAAAAUGUUUCUUGCUACAGCCCAGCGUUAUGCUAAUGUAGGCCUAUAUUAGUAGACUUACGGCCGAGGCAGUAGCCUGUAUGAUUUUUUUGUAUGGUGCUAAUAUCCCCGUUCGUGGGAUUUUCUUCUGCCGGUCUAACUUAUCAGUUACUGAAUUCGUUUGUUGUCAACAUCGUCACAUCGCACCUUGAGAUUUUACUUACAGUGCUAACACUUCAGUAUCGUGUGCAAUAUAUUGUAGGCUGCGUGCCAAUGGCGGUGUUGCGCAAACUUCAGUCCCCCCAGUAGGUUUAGGUCCCCCUUUGGACCCCCGAAGCAAAACUAUUGACUUAAAGACAUUAUAAAUGGGUACUCUAUUCAAUGCCUGAUUAAAAAUCACUUUAUGAUGUUGAGCUAGCUAUUUAUAUAUAACAAUUAACGUCUUUUCAAAAUUUCACACACACAUAUUAUGAAACCGAAGCUAUAAAUAGUCAUGUAUUGUACAAUAAUCUUCUAAUCCAAUUGAUUAGAAUGGUAACAUAACCUCCGGAAAUACUAUUUUAUGUGAUGUUUUUGGGGUCCGAGGGGGAUGGGAGUUUGCGAGGGGAUUGAAUCUUGCGUGACUUUGUCAUUUUGUGUGUGUGGAUACUCGUCCCCUGCAAUGGCAAAAAAAAAAAGGCUUGCGAAACAUCUCGGCGUAUUAAACUAAAAUAUCGAUGUAGUCGUUUAAGCUUCUCGGUGGUUGGAGUAGUUUAAUACUCGGUUUCUAGUAUUUUUUAUGUUAAAUGCACAAUGCUUCAUUCAGAGAUAUUCAUAACUAUUUAUUUGAUCAAAUAUCUGAAGAAAUUUUAAGAUAAAGACCUUUUUUUCCCUCUUGACGUAAGCCAACUCGCUACUAUUGCUGAGACGUGUGGUGAAAGACCUGUUGCUGUCAAACCCAUACAUCACAGCUACUGGGAUAUGUGGGGUUUUGUAAAAACUAGAUUCUUGUAUCUAGUAAAGCCACCAGCCUACAGACAGUUGAGGGGUUUCUAGCCACAGACCCCCAUGCUAAAGGCCCGUUUUGUGCUAAGCACAUGAGGAAGUCUACUGGGGACGUGGUGCGUUUGGUCUCUUGUUUACCACUGCACAAUAUUAAAGCAUACAUUGGCACUUUGUCUUGCUCGAUACGCAACUCUUUAAGACGGCAUGCUGCUUUUGUCCUGGCUAUUUUAAGUCUAUUUGUACACUGUUAUACUUCUUUUCCUCUGAUGCCGGUAAGCAAAUGUUUUUUCCUAUCACUGCCCGGAACCGAUUACGAAAACUGUUCGAUGUGUGCCACAGUGCGAAAUCGAAACUGGAAGUUCACAUUGAAGGGUGUUUUCUGGAGCAAAACAAUGUAAACCUGCAAAAAAAAAAAGUGCCCUCGGAAAGAAGCUUUUGCUCUCAGACGAUACCCUCGAUGGAAUGAGCACAUGUGUAAAGUCAAACGUGAAGGUGCUAUCGGGUACUAAAUGGCUCAAUCCUGUCCGGGUGGCAGCGUUCAGCCAAGAAUUUCUCGUAACGUUCGUCUGAUAGUGUUCGAUCUCUCCACCAGCAAAGACCAGUAUUGGUUUGAUGCACAACAGGCUGUGGGGACAUUAAAAACAAGAUAGGUACUCCAACUCUAGUCUAUUCUCCAAUUAGCGGUGCCGAUUCCAACGUCACCUGACCUUAAUGAGUGGAACGUGGAUUUGUGAACUGAAAGCCCUCGUGUAUCCGCAGUUUCCAAUAUGCGAAGACCUUUUAACUUGAUCUACGUGUUAAUCUUACGAAAGUGUAUGUGUGUGCGUGUGCGAUUAUACGGUUCCCCCUUCCAUCUUAAACCACGGCCAGUCACGAACUUGGGUUAGUUCUCAUACUUGUCUCACAAGGUCAAGUCUUCGACCUGCUUAGCAUGUAACUGUGAGCGUUUGGCGUAUUAAGCGGACUGUCUGGGAUGGGUCCUGCAUCGAGGGUCAAUGCACAAGGAGGGUAUUCACAUAUCCCACCAACCAUUUCCUUUUUAUUCCCUAUCAAAUGUGUUGUACUUAAAUAUAUAUAUGACCUGUGAUGUGUGUGUAUAUAUGGUUUGUUACAUAUGAUGCGCCUCUUUAUUAAAAAAAGAUAGCAUAUAUAUAUAUAUAUAUAUAAAUAUAUAGAAUUAAAUAUAUAAAUAUGCAUAUGGUUCCUAUAUAUGUAUUCCUAUAUGCACAGGAAAUAUAUAUAGGAGAAAGCAUAUUGCUGUUUGUUUUUUUUUCCUUUGUAUUUUAUACUUACAGAAAGCAUUGAAUCAAAUGGAUAAAAUACUUGCACUUUAAAUAUAUAAAGAAAAUGAAAAGAAAAAAAAUCAGCAUAUUAUUUUUGAUAGGUGACCUCACAUUCAAAGAUUCUAUAAUUACUUUCCAGGCUUUGUGACAAUUGCUGUUUGGCAGUAAUCUAUGAAGUUCUUCUACAUAUUGAAGUCUAUUUUGUCUGUGUUACAGAAGGUUUACUAAAGUAAAUUGCAUGAUGACUAAGUAGUGCACCAACUGUUAUUUUCUUUAGUUGGUUAAAAUGUCUAAUGAAAAAAUACUGUGAUGAUUAUUCUCAUGUGUGUACCCAUUCUAAGGUAUUCUGUUCUGCCUUUCCUAUAACAUGAAUAUGGUGCUUAAAUUGGCUUAGAGAUCCACCGUGUUCUACUCUUCAUCAUUGCCACAACCACCAUCCUCCUCCUCUUCUGCAUCCUCCGUUUGUUCCCUUUGCUGUUUGCGUGUUCUCACGAUUUUAUUCCGAUUUAUGUUUCUUGGUAACAAGUGUGUUUUUGUAUAGGUACGUAUGUUGUUCUUGAGUUGGAAAGCGUUUGUGUCUGAAAAUGACUAAUUGCAAUAAAUCAUCCAUUCCUCCCUGGCA